AUGGAUGAAUUGGCGGGAAAAGAUCGGAAACGAGUCGAGGCGGAUGUGAUGCUGAAUUGUGACAAGAACAUCUUUGUCUUGUUUCGCAACGGCGACAAAAGCGGACUAUCCAUCAAGCCGCCGAUCUGCCAAGGGAUCAAUGACACUAGAAUCUGCGCAAAUCGCCAUCCCCCCUCCACGGCACCUCCAAUCUUGGCUACGGAAGAUGCUGAUCCAAAGACGAAUGAACUCCUCAUCUUUAUCGGAGCUGCUGUCGGCGCCAUUUUCCUCGUCCUGAUUGUCGGCGGUGUUCUGUUGCGUCAAAAAUUGAGAAAGCAGAAACCUGACCCGGAACCGGAUGUGGAGAAGACUGUGAAGGUUGCCGACGAGGAGAAGGCGGUCGAGGUGACGAAAGUGGUGCCCCUGCCGCGCGCAAAACCAAAGAGCCUCGCGGGCGUAAUCUAUGAACUGCGGACAGUCGACAUCAGUGGAGGGCAUAUGAAACAUUGGGAUAAAAUGUUGCGUGUUCCUCAAGGCCAAUCGGAACGCGUAGACGGUCUCUACGAUCUGGUGCCGGAGGGGUUUGCGUUGAGAAUCGAUCGCACACAACUGAAUCCGUUCGAGGGCGAGGAUAACCCGCCAGUUGUAGAGAGAGCUGUCGAACUGAAGAAGGAGGCGGUCAUCCCCAGCCCAGUAAAAACAGCACAAAAGGACACAGCUUCGCAGAGCAAGAAGAACGAGACAAAAGAACUCAAGCAGCUGCCCAGGCCACCACCGAUGUACUGCUAUGCGAAAAAGGACUUUGAUGCCGCGACGGCCAGAGAUGCGACGACCGUCGCAACGGAGAUUAUCAACAAGUUGGGCAGCGAGCGCUGGCUUUCCGAAAGCGACUACCUCCCAUCCUACACGCCGAAUCCUGAUGAUCUUCGUGUGCUUUGUGAACAUCUGACCCCGAUUAUGAAGGCCUACAAGGGGGUGGCACGCCCGUCGGGCAAGUCGAUUGUCGUCGGUGACCUCCAUGGCAAUUUCAACGAUCUGUGGCGCAUUAUCCACGCGUGGCUAUCGGAUCAAACUGGCGGUGGAUCUGGUCAAAACAUCAUCUUCCUCGGCGACGUUGUUGAUCGUGGGCUACGUCAAAUUGAAUGCUGGACGUUGCUCCUCGCCUAUAAAACACUCUACCCCAACCAGGUGUACAUCAUUCGUGGCAAUCACGAGGAAGUGCAAACCUGUGAAUCCUUCAACAUUUGGCUUGGCCUUCGCCGAUAUGCCGACGAAGUGCGUAAUGGCAUCUACGAGCUAUUCGUGUGGCUGCCGGUGAUUGGAUUGAUAGACGACAGGAUUCUUUGCGUGCACGGCAUGAUAACCCCAACUCUGUCGAAAAAGUUUCUGCGUGAAGGAUGGGACCUGACAAACAAGCGUCUGAAGGAGAUGAACAGGAACCUACGAUGGAAUGACCCGGGGCCGACUACUGACUUAUACGCGCGCAACGCCGGUCGCGGUUGCGGUUAUCUUUGUGGUCCGAAGGCUAUCAACGAAGCGCUUGAGAGGCUUGGCGUUGAAUUCAUCAUCCGUGGACACCAGUACAUGACGAACGGCGUGCAUCGGUUCCUCGAUCUUCCGUUGGUCACUGUCUUCUCGUCAUCCUUCUACGGGUCCCCCGCGAUAGAAGGGGUGCCGCCGACGAGUAUGAUGAAGAACUUUGGCGCCGUCCUGUACGUCGAUCCGGGCAAAAAUGCGAUCAAGCCAAUCUUCCACGUCAACAUCAACGACAGCAUCACCACCCAACAGCAAUUUAACGACAAGCUCGAAGAAGGGUGGAAGAAGGACGAUUAUGAGGAGAAAAAAAAUGACGACAAAACGAUUUGCCUCUCGCCGACCUCCAGCGGCGACAAAUCGUCAUCCUCGGUGAAGAAGAGCAAGGAA